CUCGAUCCAGUUCGAGCUGCUGCCGCAUUUCGGGGGUCGCAAAUCUAAUUCACAAAAUGGCCUCAACAACGACCAAGCAGUCCUACGUCGGGACGAGCAAGGUCGUCGAGACCAAGUAUCCGCUCAUCGACAACGACCCUCACUUUAAGCGAGUUGUCGGAUAUGCGCGAACCUCAGACUACGUAGCUGGAGCAGCUGCCGCGGCUUUUGCUCCCGCCGGACUCUACGCCCUCGAGAGACUCGCUCCUUCACAUGUUGGCAGAGGCGGUCUUGCCAAGGCCAUGCGCCUGGCCGGCUUCAUCGGUUUGGCCGGCGGUUUCCUCUACUUUUACCAGCGAUCAGCCCUCCGAUUCUACGGCGCCACCGAAAACGCAAGAGAAGUCGACCUGGACAUGCGGGAAAUGGUCGCCAAGGUCAAGGCCGGCGAGCCCCUCUACGGCGAGAGCAGGCUGAACUCGCACCUCCAGGGCGUUGCCGCCCGCCAGAGCAGAUACUCGGCCCUCUUCUUCAGCACGGUGCCCUGGUUCAACUUUGUCAACCACAACCAGCACGGCGUGGACACGGCAAAGUACUACCAGCAGGCGGAGAGGGAGCUGGAGGCGGAGCGAAAGUAGACGCGAAGGGGGAAGGAAGAAAGAAAAGAGACGAAGAAGACAUACUUGUGUAUAUUUUAGCGAGAAUAUCUACCAGUUCUUGCGGAGAACGAAAUAAAGAACAAAAAAAAAAUGUUUCGAAAUACG